AUGAGGCUUCUCUUCAAGCUCCUGCUCACCAUGAUCUUGGCCCUGGACCUGGCCGCCGCACAGGGCCUGCGAUGUCACCGCUGCAAGGGCUUUGGAGGGUGCUCCCAUGCGUCCAGCUGCCCGAGGGGCUCCACCCACUGCGUCAUCAUUGCCACCCGGGCGCCCAUCAGCUUCAACGACCUGCCCUUGGUCACCAAAAUGUGCUACAGCGGCUGCCCCAGCGUCCAGAGCCUGGACAUGGGGCCUCACGUGUCCAUCGCCUGCUGCCAGUACAGCCUCUGCAACCAUGACUGA